AUGGAUGUAAAAGCCACGAAAAAGACACGCUCGCGAUUCGGAUGCCAUGUUUGUAAGCGAGCAAAGAUUAAGUGCGACGAGCAGAAACCGCAUUGUGGCAAUUGUGUGAAGGCAAAUAAGACAUGUGAUUACAGUGUGAAGUUAACGUGGGGUGGAAGACCUUAUAAGAAAGCUCGGAAGGAGAACGCGAUAAAUGGCAAGCAUACGAAACCUGCAAUUAGUGGUGAUGUUAACUCAGACUCCGUGUUUCUACUCAAAAGCUUGACACCUCCGCUGGUAAAGCUGGAAUCGCCUCAGCCGCACACAGAACCGUUUGAAAGUACGCAUACCCUUCUCAGUCAUCAACCUCCAACCUCUCAAAAUACCCUUUUGACAUCAGCGCAAACGCUGUCAAAUGUGCUCAACUCUUUGGCACCCGAGAAUUUUGAUUUUGGCCGAGUGAACUUCCUUAAUGACCUAGUAGACCCGACCGAUACGGUUUCGAGCUCGGGUUCUCCGCAGAACUUCCUUUUGAACUCCAAAGGUUCCGAAUUAUGGCCGGUUGAUUUUGCUCAUGAUACAGCCAGUUUUUUGGGCAACUACGCUGAAGAUCUGAGCUGCGUGGAAAAGUUGGUGGAGCCCAGUGGUGCUUUGGUGGAGUUGCCUUUAAAGGACCGGAAGUCAAUUCCGAGGCCACCGAGGUUUGCAGAUGCCGGUGGAAACGGGGAAGACGAAGAAGAACCUGGAGAUCUCAUUCCUAUCAAAAAGAAGUCGACAUGGGCAAAUGAGCACGAAUUUGUGGUCCCUCGGAAGUCCCGGUCACCUCAGCAGGUUACGGAAAUACCCCGAGGACUUCUUCCCUUGCCAGACAUCCUGCUCUCGGUUCCAUACUACUGGGACUCGUUCCGUUUUUUCAGUGAUGUCACCGCAAGCAUGCUGGUACCUGCUGACGGAUCACUAUACAAAUCCAAUCCCUUCAAAGUGGUUCUUCCGCGAAUGGCAAUGGCUAGCGAUUCGGUCAUGACUCUACUGGUGGCAUUUGCCAUAGAGCACCGUCGCAGACUGCUCGGAAAGCCCGAGCCGAAGGAAAUUGUUGAUCAGCUGCUUUCGCGCGCUUUGAAAGAACUGCUCAUAUUGCUACAGAACGAGGAAACCGCCACUGGCGAUCUGGCUCUCACUCUGGUACUUCUGUUCAGUUCCUUCGAUCUUUUCAGUUUGCGACCACAGAGAUGGAAGAUCCAUAUCAAAGGUGCCAAACAGAUUCUUUACAAAAGAGGCUUACACCGGCCUUUUGACAAAUUCAGCAAGCAGCUGGUUCAAAAAACGCAGCAGAUAGGCUUGCAUUUGACUGCAGAUACCGCUACAGGUUUAUCUGGCGAAUCGAACCUAGUGUACUUUUUGAUCCGGUGGUAUGCAUACAUGGAGAACAUGGGCAUGCUCGCCACCCCACUAGAGCCGACUUCGGAGGAAGUACAAAAAUUUGCUGCUCAAGCACGGUCACAGGUUGGUAAUUGGAUUGUCACCGCACAAAUAAACGAUAGUCCACUCGAUUACAAUAUUUCUUCCAAGAACCCAGCUACAUUCGAGUCGCACCGCGAUGUUGAUUACUUCCUCGGCUUCAACAUCAAGGUGCUACCCCUUUUUGCAAGAUUGAUAGAGCUCAUCCAAAAGGUGAACAUAGUACUGAAAUUGUCAGAUUCGCCUGAGCGGAGAUUGCCGCAAUCACUUGUGGUUGCUGCUACAGAGCUGCGCUCGGAGUUUUUGGAAUUGAUCCAAUGGCCCAUACCAAAAGAGAUAACAGAUGGAAGAAAAGCUGAACUUUUGGCCGUUAAUCAUGCCUUCAUUUUGACUGGCUUACUGAAUCUGUACACGCGAGUGCUGCUAGUUCCCCAGGAUUCGGCCGUGGUCCAACAGGUUUGCCGUGAAAUCCUGUCGUCCUCCUCAAAAUUUGUCAAACACGGGUCUCCUGCAGACAUGUGCUGCAUCUGGCCAUACUUCUGUGCGGGAUGCUUUGUUGUUGAUCCGGCGAGCAGAGCUUUUUACAAGCAGAAGUUGAUCCGGAUGGGUCAACAGGCGAGCAUGGGCGCGCCCAAGGCAUUGAAGGUGAUGGAACGGGUCUGGGAAUCCGGAAAAACCUGGAUGCAGUUGAUGCUAGAUGAGCAUGCAGAGUUGGUAUUUUUGUAG